GUAACAGAUUCUGGUGAAGGAGGUACCCUUGAUCACAAUGGCAUUCCCCCUCGAGUACCUGAAAAACAUUUUGUCUGAGCAGCAGCAGCAAUUUGAAACCUCCCAGUUACGUCUUAUUGAGACCCUCACACGCAAUUUAUCUCUCCAACCUGCAACAACCAAUGAUCACUGCAAACCUUCGGUUGAUUCCCUUAUCAACGGCAUCACGGAGUUCAGCUUUGACCCUGAUUCUGGGCUGAUAUUUGACACAUGGUUCCGCCGAUAUGAAGACAUAUUCAGAACGGAACUCUCAAACCUUGACGACCCAUCAAAGGUCCGCGUAUUGUUACGGAAGCUCGGUGCUGUUGAGCAUGAGAGGUACGUCAAUUAUAUCUUACCAAAGCAUGCGAAUGAUCUUAACUUUGACGACACUGUUACCCAACUUAGAGAAAUAUUUGGAGAUCCGUCCUCACUCUUUAAUAACCGAUACAAUUGUUUAAAGUUGUGUAGACGCGAUGGUGAAAGUCUCAUUGCUCACGCGGCCACAGUCAAACGGCAAUGUCAAAAAUUUAAACUCAACCUACUUACGGAAGAUCAGUUCGAGUGUUUGAUACUUGUCUGUAGUCUUCAAUCUCCAAAUGAUGCUGAAAUCCGCACCAGAAUACUUGGCAUGCUAGAACGUGACCCUCAGAUAACUUUGCCAGUCGUUAUCGCAGAAGCUCAACGACUUAUUAAUUUGAAACAUGACACAGCCCUGGUGGAAAAAUCGGAAACAUCCCCUUCUGUUGCAACAGUACAAAGUACUUCAAAUACCAACACUGCGGUAAUUCAUCAUAAGGAAUUCCAUCAGCGCAAACCACCUUCCGUUUGUUGGCAGUGUGGGGAGUGGCAUUUUGUGAAAUUUUGUCCAUACAGGAAGCAUGUCUGUCAGAAAUGUCACAAGUGUGGACACAAAGAAACACACUGUCGAUCCAGACCUCCAUCCAGACCACUUCAUAAUGCGCGCAUGAAGACUUAUGGUCCGCGUUCGAAAAGAGUGAAUGCCAAUUUUUCUCAGCCUAUUACUAAUCGACGAAAAUACAUCACUAUUGAUAUCAAUGGAAGACAAGCGCGUUUACAAAUCGACACGGCCUCUGACAUUACAAUUAUUUCGGAGACCCUGUGGAAAAGCCUUGGAUCGCCCGUCAUCAAACCAACUACUCACCAAGCGAAAAGCGCAUCAGGUACCCAACUGAAGCUCCUUGGCCAAAUUGAGUGUGAAUGUUGCUUUGCCGGUUUUACUGCAUGGGGGACAAUUUUCAUCACAACCCACAGUAAUUUGAACCUGUUGGGGUUAGAUUGGAUUGAGCGUUUCAAUCUCCUGGAUAUUCCCCUAAACUACGUUUGUGCAAGCGUCCGACUUCACGGCCCACAGUCCUUGGAAACAAUCGCAAUUGAACGCCUAAAGCAGAAAUACCGCACUGUUUUUUCUGAAGGACUCGGUAAGUGUACAAAAGUCCUUGCUUCGUUAUCUCUCAAACCUAAUGCUGUGCCGAUAUUUCGUCCUAAACGUCCCGUGCCUUAUGCCGUAAUUCCAGUUGUUGACCAAGAGCUAGACCGCCUAGAGAGAACUGGCGUUAUUCAUGCAGUCAACUAUUCCUCCUGGGCAGCCCCGAUCGUGGUGGUUAAAAAACCUAAUGGUCAAAUUAGAUUGUGCGCCGACUUUUCUACAGGCUUAAAUGCAUCCCUCAACAACCACCAAUAUCCCUUACCACUCCCUGAGGACAUGUUUGCUAAACUGAACGGUGGCAGAUGUUUUGCAAAGUUAGAUCUAUCAGAUGCAUACCUUCAAAUCGAAGUUGAUGAACCCUCUAGGGAGUUACUUACAAUAAACACUCACAGAGGUCUCUAUCAAUAUCACCGCCUCCCAUUUGGUGUCAAAACUGCGCCGGCCAUAUUUCAACAAAUCAUGGACACCAUGUUAACUGAUAUCGAUGGCGCUGCCGCAUACUUGGAUGAUAUUAUCGUUGUUGGACUAAGUGUAAAUGAUCUUUUUAACAAGCUAGAUCGAAUCCUUGAUCGUAUUCAGGAAUACGGCUUCAGACUCCAUCCUGAAAAGUGCACGUUUUUCAUGCAUUCAAUCACCUUCCUGGGGUUCAUUAUUGACAAGGACGGUAGGCGGCCUGACCCCUCGAACUUGGAAGUAAUUAAGAGAAUGUCUCCUCCUACAGACGUUUCAACAUUGAGAUCAUUCUUGGGCCUCAUCAGUCACUAUAGCCAAUUCCUUCCACAGAUGCAUCGUGUACGUGGUCCACUUAAUGAUCUACUGCGCAACGAUAAGCGCUGGUACUGGUCUGAACAAUGCCAAAAAUCAUUUGAGGAGGUAAAAAAGAUGUUGUGUUCCGACCUUUUGUUGACACACUACAACCCCACCCAGGAAAUUUUGCUAGCUGCGGAUGCUUCAAACUACGGUGUUGGAGCAGUUAUUUCCCAUAAGUUCCCAGAUGGCUCAGAGAAAGCUAUUGCGCACGCAGCCAGGUCAUUAACCCCAGCAGAACGAAACUACGGUCAGAUAGAGAAGGAGGCCCUGGCAAUAGUCUUCGCUGUAAAGAAAUUCCAUAAGAUGCUAUACGGAAGGAAGUUCACCCUCCUUACUGAUCAUAAACCAUUGCUAGCAAUUUUUGGAUCAAAGUCAGGCAUACCUGUUUAUACAGCAAACAGGCUGCAACGUUGGGCUAUCACGUUACUUGGCUAUGAUUUUGAAAUUAAGUACGUUUCCACAAAGAACAUAGGCCAGGCUGACGCACUUUCACGGUUGUUAGGUAAUCACCAACCUCAGAGAGAGGACUCCAUCAUCGCAACCAUAUCCUUAGAAUCAGAAGUAAGCCAAGUGCUGAUAGAGACUCUUCGCAAGCUUCCGAUUACCUUUGAAAUGGUUCGUGUCGCAUCAACCCGCGAUCCAAUCAUUCAACAGGCAAUAAAAUACCACACAACACAGUGGCCCAAAGAUAACCUUACGGGGGAGUUACACAACUUAUCCCUAAGAAAAGAUGAACUAUCAGUCGUUAAUGAAUGUCUGCUCCUAGCUGAUCGAGUAGUCAUUCCGGUGGAACUUCGCCAGCGUAUUUUACGGCAAUUUCAUCGUGGUCAUCCCGGUAUUAGCAGAAUGAAAACGAUCGCUCGAAGUUUCGUUUAUUGGCCAAACAUCGAUGCGGACCUCGAGCGCUUGGUGAAGACAUGUUCACGGUGCGCGCUUGUCAGUAAAUCACCGCGGAAAACCGAAUUAGCUUCCUGGCCAUUGCCGACUAAACCCUGGCAACGCAUACAUGCGGAUUUCUUUGGCCCUGUCAAUGGACAGCACUUCCUCAUCGUUGUAGAUUCUUACAGUAAAUGGCCUGAGGUUUUCCCGAUGGAGCAUGCAACCAGUGGCGCCACCAUUAAAGUACUCGGAACACUAUUCAGCCACCAUGGGAUACCGGAGAUUUUAGUCACCGACAAUGGUUCCCAAUUUACUUCCUACCAGUUUGCCGAAUACUGUUCGCAGGUUGGUAUUACACAUUUACGCACGCCCCCGUUCCAUCCCCAAUCAAAUGGACAAGCUGAACGUUUUGUUGAUACCUUCAAGCGUACAUUAGUUAAAAUGCGGGGCGAGGGAACUACGCAGGAGAUAUUAGAUAUUUUCCUACUUAUGUACAGAUCAACCCCAAACCCUCAAGUGCCAAACAACGCGUCACCCUCAGAGGCUCUAAUGGGAAGGAAAAUCCGCACGGUUAAUUCCUUGCUACUACCGAAGAGCACUAGUCCACAAGACAGAAAUAUAAGGAUGGAGAAGUAUUAUAAUCAGCGAAAUAGAACUCAAGAACGCCAUUUUCACGCAGGACAGAUGGUUUUGGUCAGAGAUUAUCGCAUGGGUAAGCCGCUCUGGGCAACUGGUACGAUUCAGAACCAAAUAGGAAGGGUGAUAUACAAAAUCAAGGUAGGUGAUUUGAUCUGGACUAGACACGCAAAUCAGUUGAGACCCACUAGUAUUACAGAGACUAAGUCUAAUCCAUCUCUACCCCUUGAUGUUCUCUUAGACAGUUUCAAUCUACACCCUAGAAACCCAAGCGUGUCUGACGAGGAGUGCGCAACAGUCCCGGAAGAAGCGAAUCUGCAACCAAGACGUACUGAUCGGAUCCGGAGGCCAACUACGCGUCUACAGGUAGACCCACACAAACGUUCGUACGACUGACAUUUCUUUUGCGGGAGGAAGGUGUAGUGUCAUAACGAACACAAGUGGCGGAAUGUCCAGGAAGUAUAACUUGGCUGGUGCCAGAGUAUUGCCAGAAACAUUUUGUAACUAUGCACAAAAGUGGAACAUAGUGUUGUCUAAAAAGCAAGUGUUAUUCUACAAGACAAACCAUGUUCUGUAUCGGAACAAUUCGUGUCCACAAUCCGAACACUGUGUUUUUGUGCUGUGGUACAUUUUGUUCCUGUCGCCUGUUUCACACAAAAACCCACACCACUCUUGCCUCCGGGGUCCUAUUUAACCAAAUGUGUAUUCGACUGUAAAUGACUGGUUCUGGUGUGUUUCCUUCUACUUCCGCCCGGUCUUGUAUCAAUACACGUUGCGCUGUGGUC